CAGCUGCUGUUGCUGUACUGAGGAGAGCUCCCCAGAAACUUCUUCUUCAUCCGGAAACAUGGCCAACAAGAAAGUGAUUGCUGUGUUUGGAGCAACAGGUGCUCAAGGAGGCUCUGUGGCCAGGGCACUUUUGGAUGCCAAACAUUUUACAGUGAGGGCAUUGACCAGAGAUGUGACUAAACCCAGUGCCCUGGCGCUCAAGGAUCUUGGUGCUGAGGUGAAGAAAUGUGAUCUGGAUGACGAAGUGUCUUUAGUGACUGCCUUAAAAGGUGUCUAUGGAGCCUUCCUGGUGACCAACUUUUGGGAAUAUCUCGACCAGGAGAGGGAAGUGCGUCAGGGGAAGCUGGUGGCAGAUCUCAGCAAGCGCCUAGGUCUGAAGCACGUGGUGUUCAGUGGCCUGGAGCACGUGCAUAAACUAAGUGGGGGAAAAUUGACUGCACCACACUUCGAUGGCAAAGGAGAGGUGGAAGAGUACUUCAGGUCCAUUGCAGUCCCCAUGACCAGUGUCCGCAUGCCAUUCUACUUUGAGAAUUUUCAUGGUGGUUUGAAACCUGCCAAAGCCUCUGAUGGAGAUUACUACACCUUGGUGCUGCCCACCGGGGAUGUACCUCUGCCUGGCAUAUCCAUUGCUGAUAUUGGAGUCAUCGUCUCUAACAUCUUUAAUUCUCCAGAGGAGUUCAUAGGACAUGACUUGAAUCUCGGUGCAGAAGCACUAACGGUGAAGCAAUAUGCUGAGAUUUUAUCCAAGGGUUUGGGGAAAGAUAUCCGAGAUUCAAAGAUCACCCCAGAAGCUUUCGAGAAGCUAAGCAUCCCUCAAGCCAAGGGAGUGGCCGAUGCAUUUCGCUUUACACUAAAGAAUCCAGAACGUGAUUUUGAACUUACGAAACGACUAAACCCCAAAGUCAGAAGCUUCCAGCAGUUUGUAUCUGAGAGCAUAGAGGCCUUCAAGAACAUCUAGAAAACCAGAUGUUCUCCUAGGAGCGCCUCACAUGUUCUGUAUUCCCUACCACACUUUUUCUCUCUACCUCACCACAUCAGUGAAAUUGGAACAACAUCAUUUCAACAUCCAUGUAUUCCCUGCAGCUCCCUCUUUGGUGAGAAAUGCUGCACUAGUGGCCUGGCAGUGUGAUUUGAUUCAGGCAUCUUUUCAGCCAGUGAUAUAUUCAUCUGGAGAUGAAUGGAUAUGUCACAAAAGGUGACCUCAGAAGUCCUAAAUGGAUGUCACCUUUUCUAACUCUCUCUCUCUCUCUCUGCAGCCCAGUGAUCCAUCACAAGAGGAUGCUGGAGCUCCUUCGUACCACAACAUGAACCCACUCAGCUUUCUCCUGUGGGUGUCAGCUUAAGCCCUAUUGAGCUCCUUUUCCUCAGGAAAUUUGUCAUUUGCAUAUUUACAAAAAUAAACGAUGUUGUAGAGAUUA